GACCCCCAUGCACCGGUGCCCACGAAUCGAGUUUCUGAUUAGUUUACCGACCAUUAGUUCUUAAAAAUAUUUAAUUUUACAAUUGUAAGGAUAUACGAAGUGGAAAUAAAACAUAAUUAUGUCGGCACGGAAAAAUACUCAAGCUGGAUUUCAGCCGGACUCGGAUAUUUAUGUUACAUACGAAGAUCAACAAAAAAUUAAUAAAUUUGCAAGACAAAAUGCUAAAAUGGAAGAUCUAAAAGAAGAAUUGAAAAUCAAACAGAAUGAAUUAAAGAAUUUAGAGGAUGCUUGUGAUGAAAUAGUCCUUCUCGAUGAUCAGGCAAAAAUACCAUAUUAUAUUGGUGAAGUUUUCAUUUAUGAAGAUGUGGAAAAGACACAGAAAUAUUUAGAUGAACUAAAGGAGAAAAAGAAAGAAGAAAUUGCUAAUUUAGAAAGUAAAUGUGGUGAUUUAAAGAAUAUGAUGAGUGAAUUAAAAACCCAACUGUAUGCAAAGUUUGGUAAUCGCAUAAAUCUUGAAGCAGAAGAAGAUUAAUCUAGUCAAUUGUUCAUGUAAAUUUUUUGUAAUCUGAAAUAAAAUUUUUAUACUAUUA